AUGCUUGAGUCUCUCUUUGGUGGGUCUAAUGUUAACCAGAGGAGUGAGAAUGAAGGUGUUAAUGGCACAACAAAUGGUACUAUAAAUGGGAAUUCAAAACAACAAAAAGGACAAGGACAGUCCCAGGGGAAAGAAUACAGUGGUAUAAAUGAUGAGAAUGAAGAUUAUAUUAAUGGAACUACAAAGAAUCAAAAGAAUGUAGAAAAUGUUGAAAAAGAAAAUGCUCAAGGUGAUGUUUUCAAACCUGAAGAAAUACCAAAUAAAUUUGAAUUUACUGAUAAUGAUUUACAAGAACGUUUAAUGGAAAAUGUUUAUCAAUCAAGAGAUGAUGAUUCAAAUAAUCAACCUCAAAAAGCUGAUGAAUCUUUAGAAAAUUUUGAUAAAAGACCUAUUCGUAUGGGUGAAGCUGGUUAUAAUAAACCAAAUGAUUAUAUACAAGCUGAUGAACCAAUAAGUUCUCAACAGAUACCUCAUAGUGUUGAGGGUAAUGAAUUAUCUGAAAAUGAUACAAGUGAAAUUUUACAACCUUCAAGUGCACCUCAACAAGGACAAGGACAAGCACAAGCACAACAAUAUUUACCUUCACAACCUUCAACACAAGAUGGUGAAAUGCCAACUCAACGACUUGGUGAAAGUCCUACUUGGUAUAAAAGAAUUCCAUUGAUUGGUACUCCUUCAAGUGCUCCUUCAACUCCUUUAGAUGAUUCAAAUAGAUGGAAAGAUUUAAAACAAGUUUUAAGAUUUGGUAAAAAAAGAGAUUCUGAAGUUCAAUUACCAAAUCAACAAUCUCAAGCUAAAAAACAUGUAUUAGAUGAAACUGAAGAACAAACAAGAAUGAGAGCUUCAAAUUUAAUUACAUCUUUAAUUUCAGGUUCACCUGCUGCACUUUUCGCAGGUGCUUCAUUUAUUCAAGAUGAACAUGGAAGUAGAAGAGCUCCUUUAUUACUUUCUCUAUUGGGACUUACUGUUCAAGAUAUUACAAUUCCAGGUAGUAAUAAUAAGAAAUAUAAAAUUAAUUUAGAAUAUGGUGUUGGACCAAAUCGUGUUAGAUGGUUUGUUGUUAAAGAUCUUCGAGACUUAGUUGGUUUACAUUCAAGAUUAAAAGUUGUUUUUUUCCAAUCUUUAGGGUUUAGAGGAUUUAAACCUGUUGAAUUACCAAGAUUUCCAAGAGCAAAAGAAGAUAUAAAAGAAACUAAUACUUUUAAUAAUACUUAUUUAUCAGCUCAAUUACCCCAAAAUGAUGAAUUACCUUCACAUAAUCUUCGUCAACAAUUACAAAAUAAUUUAGAUUCUCAGGGUAAUGGAACUAUAAAUGGUCAACAUGUUACACAUGGAAGAUUGGAUCCUGAUGCUGGUGAAUUACCAUCAAGAUCUGGUGGUCGUGAUUCAGUUGAAACUGAUGAUAUUACAUCAAUUAAUUCAAGAACAAGUUUAAGAUCUCAUCUUCAAAAUUUAGCUUCAAGAAUUUCAUCAAUUGGUGAAGCUGAUGGUCCAGGUGUCGGUAGUGAUGCAUCUCAACAUGAACAAUAUAGAUUGAAAAUUGAAAAUUAUUUAAGACAAUUAUGUCUUUCUCUAUCUCUUAGACCACAAGCUAAUAGAUUAUUUCAAUUUUUUGAAUUAUCUCCAUUAAGUGUCUUGUUAAGUUAUGAACAAGGUUAUCAAGGUAAACAAGGUUAUAUGAUUGUUAGAUCAAGUGCUAAAGCUCAAGGUUGGAGAGUUGGACAUUUAAAAUAUAGUGAUAUUAAAGGUAUGGUUAGUAGACAUACAAACAAAUGGUUUUUGGUUAGAAAUUCUUAUAUUAUGUAUACUUCAGAUAUUUAUUCAACAACUCCAUUAGAAGUCUUUUUGGUUGAUUCAAGUUUUAAAAUGACUUAUUCAGGUGAAGAUGAAAAACUUCAAUUAAGAGGUAAUUCUGGUGGUAGUGGCAGUGGUAGAGAUAAUAAUUCAUUAUAUGAUGAAAAUAAUUCAUUAAAAGAUGAAGCUUUUGAAGAAGAUUCAGAUGGUAAACUGCCAACUCAUCUUUCAAUUAAAUUAGAAAAUAGUGAAAGAUCAAUGAAAAUUUUAGCAACUUCAAGAUAUCAAUUAGGUUUAUGGGUUAAAUCUAUUGAAACUAUGCAAAGUAAUACCAUUUGGGCUAAACCUCAUAGAUUUGAUAGUUUUGCACCUGUUAGACAAGAUGCUUUCGCUCAAUGGUUUGUUGAUGCAAGAGAUCAUUUCUGGGCUGUUAGUUCAGCAAUGGAAAUGGCUAAAGAUGUCAUUUAUAUUCAUGAUUGGUGGUUAAGUCCAGAAUUAUAUAUGAGACGUCCUGCAAAUGGUAAUCAAGAAUGGAGAUUAGAUCGUAUCUUGAAAAGAAAAGCUGAACAAGGUGUUAAAAUUUUUGUCAUUGUUUAUAGAAAUGUUGGUACUACUGUUGUUACAGAUUCAUUAUGGACAAAACAUUCAUUAAUUGAUUUACAUCCAAAUAUUCAUGUUUUACGUUCACCAAAUCAAUGGUUACAAAAUACUUAUUUUUGGGCUCAUCAUGAAAAAUUAUGUAUUAUUGAUCAUACUGUUGCAUUUUUAGGUGGUAUUGAUUUAUGUUAUGGUAGAUAUGAUACACCAGAUCAUGUUUUAGUUGAUGAUUCACCACAUGAUUUUGCAACAAAACAAAAUGCAAAUGAAGAAUCAAUUAAAUAUCAAAAAUUCCCUGGUAAAGAUUAUUCAAAUCCAAGAGUUUUAGAUUUCUUUGAAUUAGAAAAACCUUAUGAGUCAAUGUAUGAUAGAGAUUCAGUUCCUCGUAUGCCAUGGCAUGAUGUUCAUAUGGUUACUGCUGGUCAACCUGCUAGUGAUUUAGCUAGACAUUUUGUUCAAAGAUGGAAUUAUUUGUUGAGACAAAAAAGACCAUCAAGACCAACACCAAUUUUAACACCACCAUCUGAAUAUUCACCAAUUGAUUUGAAAAGAUUUAAUUUAACUGGUAAUUGUGAAGUUCAAUUAUUAAGAUCAUCAGGUAAUUGGUCAUUAGGUUUGAAAAAAACUGAACAUUCAAUUCAAAAUGCUUAUUUAAAAUUAAUUGAAACUUCAGAACAUUAUGUUUAUCUUGAAAAUCAAUUUUUUGUUACUGCAACAGCAUUUGAUGGUACUAUUAUUGAAAAUAGAAUUGGUGAUGCAUUAGUUGAUAGAAUUAUUCGUGCUCAUAAUGAAAAGAAAAAAUGGAAGGCAAUUAUUAUGAUUCCGUUAAUGCCAGGUUUCCCUGGUCAAUUAGAUGAAGCUGAUGGUUCAUCUGUUAGAGUUAUUAUGCAAUGUCAGUAUAUGUCAAUCUCAAGAGGUUCAACUUCAAUUUUUGGUAAAUUGAAAAAAAUGAAGAUUAAUCCAUAUGAUUAUAUUCAAUUCUUUUCAUUAAGAAAAUGGGGUAGAAUUGGUCCAAAUCGUAAGAUUGUUAGUGAACAACUUUAUAUUCAUGCCAAAACUAUGGUUGUUGAUGAUAGAGUUGCAAUCAUCGGUUCUGCUAACAUUAAUGAAAGAUCUCAAAGAGGUAAUAGAGAUUCAGAAAUUGCUGCAUGUGUUAGAGACACUGAAACUGUUAAUACUACUAUGAAUGGUAAACCAUAUAAAGCAGGUAGAUUUGCUCAUACUUUAAGAAUGAGAUUAAUGAGAGAACAUCUUGGUAUUGAUGUUGAUAUUGUGGAAAUUGUUGAAAGAAGAUUUAGUAAAUUAGAAGAAUUAGCUAAAGCUACUAAAACUGGUCAAGAUUCUAAAACUCAUCAAUUUCAAAGUAAAGAUAAUGAAGUUGCUUCUGCAAUGGUUGAAUUAGCUUCAAGAGAUGUUUUAAAUUUACCAAAUGGUACACAAAAAUGGCAAACUUUUAAAAAGAGAGCUGGUAAACCAACUGUUCCAAAAGUUGAUGAAGAAUUUUUCAAAAAUAUUGAUAAAGAUGAUGGUGAAGAUAAAGGUUUACCACCUCAUUUGAAAGAAAAAGCUCAUGAACCAGCUCCAUUAUUUUAUCAUUCAUUUAAUAAUCGUGCUAGAGAAGAAAAUACUGGUAUUAGAGAUAAAAAACAAUUUAGUACUGAUUCAAGAGUUUCAAAUACUUCAAAACAUAAAAAUGAUAUUGAUGGGAAAGGUCAAGAUAGAAUGGAAUCUAAAGAAUAUCAAGUUUAUAAAUUAAAUGCUGCUAAAACUUUAAAAAGAUGGGCAAAAGAAUCUUUAGUUAAUGAUACAACUGAUGUGUUUUUACCAAAUGUUGAACAAGUUUUAGAAUUUUUAGAAAAUGAUGAUUUUGUUGAAGAUCCAACUAAAUUAACAGAUCAAGAAGAAAUCGUUCUAGCUGAAAGAAAUCAAGAAAGAUGGGAUUUAUUAAAAAGAAUUGCAUAUUUACAAAGAGUUGCAGCAAAACAAAAAACUCAAAAUGAUGAUGAAAAUGAUAAACGUUAUAAAAUUGGUAUUCCAACUUUAAGUAAUGCAUUUGCUAGACAAGAAAAACAAAAUGGUGGUCAAUCAGCUGUUGAUAAAGUUCCAAAACAAAAAACUAAUCAAUAUCUGGAAGCUAAACAAAUGGAAAAAAAUGGUAAUCCUGAUUCUCAAGCUCAAAUUUCUGCUGAAUUUCAAGAAAUUGAAGAACUUCCAGGUGAUAAUAUUCCAGUUGUUGCAUUGGAUUCUAAGGGUAUUCGUGAAGUUUUAGAUAAUUUAGGAGAUGCUUCUAAUAAUGGUGAAAGUAAUUUCAAUAAAUUUAUUGAUCCAUAUUGUUUUGGUGAUCCAAUUGAUGAUGCAUUUUAUGAAGAUGUAUGGUUUGAUAAUGCAUUGAGAAAUUCCAAGAUUUUUAGAGAAGUGUUCCAUUGUCAACCAGAUGAUGCUGUUACAAGUUGGAAAGAUUACAAAGAAUUCACAAGAUUAAGUACAGCUUUCAAUUUAGCUCAAGAUCAAGAAGUUCGUCGCAGAGAAGCUUUAUUUAAAUCUUAUUCACAUUCGGAUGUUGGUGAAAAUGAUUCAGAAGAUUUGAAACAAGUUCGUGAACGUAUGCAAGAAUCAAGUUCAAUUUCAGCACAAGAUGUUACCAAAGAAGAUGUUUCAGAAUCUUCAAGUGAUAAACCUCAAGGCAGAAGAAGUCAAAAUACUGCUAUUGCUGAUGAAGAUGAGUAUUCACCAAGAGGUAAGAGUGGUUCUUAUGGUUUAAGAAGUAGAUUAAUGGGUGAAAGAGUCUUCGAUCGUGAAACUGCUGAUAGAUUAUUAAGUGAGAUUCAAGGUCACUUGGUUUUAUUCCCAGUUGAUUGGUUAUAUAAAGAAGUUGAUAGUGGUAAUUGGUUUUACAAUAUGGAUAGAUUACCUCCAAUUGAUAUUUACGAUUAG